UGCACGCAAUGCGUGCGAUAAUGUGUGACAACAAAUGAAGUAGAAAAUAAAUUAAUUGGGUAGAAAAACUGUUUUUAUAUUUUGUUUUUUCAAAAAACUAAUGUUCAGUUUAAAUAUCCUACUUUCCCCCUCUUUUCAUUCAAAUAAAAUAGUUAGUUAUCCUCUAUUUUUUUUCCCUUUUAUUCAUUUUUUCUAUUUUUUGGUGUCCCCCAUGUGUUGGCUUAUAAACACCCGUUGGCCGUUUCUAACUAUCUAUAUAUAAGAAAUGAGGGAGGACUGGAUAAUUGAUUUUCCAAGAGUUGAAAACAGAACGAUGGAGGACGCUGUUAAAGUUGUAGGAGAAAAACAGAUGAAAUUAAAUCAAUAUGCUUGUGCUUCUGCUAUCCUUGCCUCUACAAUUUCUAUCAUCUUUGGUUAUGAUACUGGAGUUAUGAGUGGAGCUAUGAUAUUCAUAAAAGAAGACCUCAAGAUCAAUGACACCCAAAUCGAAGUACUAGCCGGAGUCCUCAACUUAUGUGCAUUGAUUGGCUCCCUAACAGCCGGGAGAACUUCCGACUACAUCGGUCGACGAUAUACAAUCGUCCUAGCGUCCAUUCUCUUCUUGUUGGGCUCAAUCUUGAUGGGUUAUAGCUUGAAUUAUGGCAUGUUAAUGGCUGGGAGAUGUGUUGCUGGGGUUGGCGUAGGCUUUGCCCUUAUGAUAGCUCCAAUCUACACAGCUGAGAUUGCUUCAGCAACACAUAGAGGAAAACUUGCAUCUUUGCCUGAGUUUUGCAUUAGUCUUGGCAUUUUAUUAGGUUAUGUCUCCAAUUACUUGUUCGGGAAACUAAGUUUAGGAUUGGGGUGGAGGUUAAUGCUCGGCGUGGCGGCCAUCCCCUCGCUAUUUUUAACCUUUGGGGUCCUUAAGAUGCCGGAGUCUCCUAGGUGGCUCGUCAUGAAAGGCCGCCUUGAGGAUGCUAAAAGGGUCCUUCUUUUGGUAUCCAACUCUAAACAUGAAGCUGAAGCUAGGCUUGACGAUAUAAGAAUAAUAACAUUAGAUAGCAACACAAACCUUGAUCAAAAUGAAGUUUCAUUGUGGAAACAACUUUUUUGUAAACCAGCCCUAUAUGCUGCUAUAGGCAUACAUUUCUUUGAACAUGCAACAGGGGUAGAAGCUGUCAUACUUUAUAGCCCUCGGAUUUUCGAGGCCGUUGGGAUCACAAGCAAAAACAAGCUCUUACUAGCAAAUGUUGGUCUAGGGGUGACUAAGACCCUUUUCAUUUUAGUAGCUACAUUCUUGUUAGACAAAGUGGGUCGACGACCUUUGUUAUUGACAAGCACAACUGGGGUAAUAUGCGCACUCGUUGCGCUAGGAGUUGGACUAACUGCUUCUAGUUGUUACACUCAUGGUAGCACAACACCAUCGGUGUCAAAGAUGCAUCAAAAAAUUUGUAGGUUCUCUGUUGGCGAAAAUUCGAGGAAGCAUGGAUCAUGGGCUUUAGCACUAUCUAUUGCUGCCACUUACAUCUAUAUGGCCUUCUUCUCAAUUGGCAUUUCUCCCAUCACUUGGGUAUAUACUUCAGAGAUAUUUCCUCUUAAAUUUAGGGCAGUUGGGGCAGGAGUUGCUGUAGCUGUCAAUAGGUCCAUGAAUGCUGCUGUUUCAAUGAGUUUUAUAUCCAUUUAUAAGGCAAUUACAAUUGGUGGUGCUUUCUUAAUGUUUGGUGGGAUUGCUAUAAUGGCAUGGUUGUUCUUCUACUUCUUCUUGCCUGAGACAAAGGGGAGAUCUUUGGAAGAAAUUGAGAUGAUGUUUAGCAAGAAAAGACAAGCUAGCAAUGAGGUCAUGAUGUUGAAACAAUGAACACAAUGUAAUGGGUCAUAGCAAGAAGAGAGUAUAUGAGUAAAUCGGAGCGAAAUGCAAUGUGUAAAUAACUUUAAUAUUAAAACUUUACUCCGAUAUCCAUAUAUUUGUCAACUUUACUAACUUAAAAAUAUAUACCAUAUAGACAGGUAAUUUAGUAGAUUGAUUUAUGCAAGUUGGAGUAAGAUUCUUAAGUAGUAUCCUUAGGCUAUUUUCUUUUGUUAUCCUUAGGCCGUUUAAACUCCGAAUCAUUGUAGG